GCGACCACGCAGCUCGAUGCGCAUGUUAAGUACCUACUUGAUGUAACGACUCGGUGCCCUAAAUAUUAUAAUAUAUAGUGCUUAAUAGUAAUAAGACUUACUAUACAACAUUUUGUAAAGUGUUAAUUAAAUUGAUUGACAAACUUAUUCAAUCGUUUAUUUUAUAGUGUGUGUAACCUCAUAGUUACUACAGUGGUGAAAUCCGACGUGAACAUGGGACCGAAACUGGACGAAUCAAGUGGAAGUGUGCCUUCUAACGAGGCAAGUGCACAAACGCCUGCAUCUGAAGGAAGCUUGGCGAGGGAUACCGGCGAUGUAUUCAGGGUGGGCAUUAAGGUGCCGCCAUUUUGGCCGGAGGAACCGGACAUUUGGUUCGCCCAAAUAGAGGGCCAAUUCGACUUGCAGAAAAUAACAAGUGACUCGACGAAAUUCAAUUAUGUUAUAAGCCACUUAGAUAACCAACAUUCGCGAGCUGUAAAAGAUAUUAUCGUCAAGCCACCUCCAGAGCGAAAAUAUGAAAAGCUGAAAACAGAGUUAAUACGGAGGUUAAGUGACUCGAAGGAAAAGAGGAUCAAACAGCUAAUGAUGCACGAGGAGCUUGGAGAGAGGAAGCCGUCCGAGUUCCUGCGACACCUGCAGGGGCUGGCUGGCGUCAGCGUGGACGACGACUUCAUGAAGAACUUGUGGAUUGGCCGCCUGCCGCACGGGAUCCAGACGGUGCUCGCCGGGCAGCCCAACACUUCGACGUUGGAGGACCUCGCAGACCUGGCCGACCGGGUCAACGACCUGGCCACCGCCGCGCCGAGGGUCGCCGCCGUCAGCAACCCAGUCCCCGGUUCGGCGUUAAGUGAUCUCGCCCGGGAGGUCGCGGAGCUUCGGCGAGAGCUGCGCGAGAUGAAGAUGGGGCACACGAGAGCCCCAGGUCCCGCGCGUCAUCAUCAUCGCGACGCGACCGCAGCGGCUCUGCCUCUAGACGUCGUUCCCAGUCCAACUACAGGAAGUAUCCAGUGUGCUGGUACCAUAGCAAAUUCGGAGACCAGUCGACCAAGUGCAACCGGCCGUGUGACUACGCCGCGGCGGAAAACGUGAAGGGCGGUCUGUAAAUGCGGCCGACGAUUGCCCUCCACCAUCAAGAGGCCGCCUGUUCGUGACUGACCGAUCUUCGAAGGCGCAGUUCUUGGUCGACACAGGUAGCGACCUCUGCGUCUACCCAAGGUUAGCACUUCGCGAGCGUCGCUCUAAAACUGAUUAUAAUUUGUGCGCCGCUAACGGCACUAAUAUAAGUACAUAUGGUUAUGUGAAUUUAGCAUUAGAUCUUAAUUUGCGUAGAGUGUUCCCGUGGCGCUUUGUGGUGGCAGACGUUACUAAACCAAUAAUCGGGAUAGAUUUUUUGAAUUUCUAUGAUCUCCUUGUCGAUUGUAGACGCAAACGUUUAAUCGAUAAUACGACAUUAUUAACGGCUGCCGCCAUCUCAGCCCACGGGUGCAAUAUUGCAUCGGUAAAAGUAGUGACCGGCGAGUCUCAAUAUCAUAAAAUAUUAGAUGAUUUUCCAGAAAUUACACGACCAGCCGGCGUACACCACACAGUACCACAUAACACAGUACACCACAUACGAACAACGCCAGGCCCUCCAGUCUCCUCCCCGCCCCGCCGUUUAGCCCCCGACAAGCUUAAGAUCGCGCGACAGGAAUUCCAGUCUAUGCUGGCCAAUGGCACAGCUAGACCUUCGGAAAGCCCGUGGUCAUCACCACUUCACCUGGCGCCGAAGAAAAACAACGGGUGGCGCCCCUGCGGCGAUUACCAGCGUCAACGUUCGGCGCCGCAAACAGAGCAAUGGCGGCGAGCGGCGCUCGCGCCGGGAACGCCUCUCCCGCUCUCCCGC